UACUGAGAAGGUAACAUUUUUGGCGACGAGGUUGAAGCCUGAAGAUUCUUCCGAGAUGACCACCGAAUAUGGAACUCAAGCCGGAUCCGAAGCUGGAGCAAGUGGAGGAGAAAUUCCGUUGUCCGUUGUGAUGCAGCAAAUGGCCGAGCAAAACAGCCGUUUGAUGAAGUUACUGGAACAGUUCACCGGUAACCAAGCAACGUCAACACAGCAAAACGCUCCAGAGAAAAUUCUCGAAUCCCUUGCGACCAACCUUAAGGAGUUUCACUUCGAUCCGGAAAACGGGUUGACUUUCGAUCGCUGGUUUUCUAAGUACGAGGAUCUAUUCAGGCAGGAUGGCAGAAGCUUGGACGAUGCCGCGAAGGUUAGACUUUUGCUGCGGAGUCUCAGUGUUCCAGUGCACGAGAAAUUCCUCAACUACCUGCUGCCGUCCCACCCACGCGAUUUCACCUUCGACGAAGUUGUAGACGAGAUGAAGCAGAUUUUUGGUCAGCAUAAAUCUCUGUUCAGCAAGCGCUACGACUGCCUCAAUAUUGAGAAGAACGAAGCCGACGAUUUCGUAACGUAUGCUGGAAUCGUCAACCGUCAAUGUGAGGAUUUUGAACUUCAGAAGCUCACCGUGGAUCAGUUCAAGAGCCUGGUGUUCAUCUGCGGUUUCAAGUCAUCGAAGGACACCGACGUCAGGACCCGACUUCUGUCGAAGCUCGAGUCCGAUCAAGCUGAAACCAUCAACCUGGCAGGACUGGUCACCGAGUGCCAACGACUUUCGAAUCUUAAACACGACACGGCGUUGGUCGAGAAGAAACCGACAUCUUCAGCGGUCCAGGCAGUUCGGCAGUCAAAGAAGCAGCCGAACAACCAGAUGAAGUCAUCAGCAGACAUCAAGACACCUCCAUCACCAUGUUGGCAAUGCGGCGCAAUGCACUUUGUGAAGGACUGCAAAUUUUCGAAGCACACCUGCAAACAGUGCGGGAAAGUGGGCCACAAAGACGGCUACUGUGGUUGUUUUUCCAAGUCAUCAACUACGGAGUCGAAAGCUGGUUCCAAGAAGAAGAAGCCUUUCAACACGAAGGUUAUUCAAAUCGUGAAGCAGGUCCGUAGCCGUAGAAGGUUCAUCACCGUCAAUUUCAACGGAAAAUCGGCCGAGCUCCAAUUGGAUUGUGGUUCCGACAUCACCGUUAUCAGCACACACACGUGGAAAAUGAUUGGCUCACCGUCAUCAACGGUGACUAGCGUAGAAGCAUCAACGGCAUCAAGGGAACCACUCGAAUUGGUUGGCGAAUUCACCUGCCCGGUUACUAUCGGGAAAACUACGAAGGCAUCGGUCUGCUACAUCACAUCAGUUGAAGAUCUGAACGUCAUCGGACUGGACUGGUUGGACGCGUUUGACUUAUGGUCGAAGCCGCUUGCUGCCAACUGCAAACAGGUGAAUCUUUCCAAUUUUUCACCUUCCUCUGAUCAGCACUUCCUUAAGCAAUAUCCUGAAGUUUUUCAAGAUGGUUUGGGCUACUGCAUGAAGACGAAAAUUUCACUGUCUCUGAAGCCGGAUGCCCAACCCGUUUUCCGACCAAAGCGACCGGUGCCUUUUCAUGCCAUCCAAAAGGUAGAAGAGGAGCUGGAUCGACUCGAGCGGUUGGACAUCAUCUCGCCGGUCGAUUUUUCGGACUGGGCAGCACCCAUCGUCGUUGUCAAGAAACCGGGGGGAAAAGUGCGUGUAUGUGCCGAUUACUCGACUGGGCUCAAUGCAGCACUGGAGACCAACAACCACCCUCUUCCUACCCCGGAGGAGAUCUUCAGCAAGCUAUCCGGCAGUCAAGUCUUCAGCAUCAUCGACCUGUCGGAUGCCUACCUUCAGGUGGAGGUCGAUGACGAAUCCAAGAAGCUGUUGACGAUUAACACCCACCGUGGGUUAUUCCGUUUCAACCGAUUGGCUCCAGGGGUCAAGUCAGCACCCGGUGCAUUCCAGCAGCUAAUGGCGAAAAUGGUUUCGGGUCUACGUGGUGUGGAAGUUUUCCUCGACGAUAUUCUGGUGCACAGCAAGACUCUCGUGGAUCAUAACCGAAUCAUCCACAUGCUUUUCAACCGUCUUCGUGACUAUGGAUUCCGUCUACGUGUGGAGAAGUGCCGAUUCCACCAGGAUCAAAUCAAGUACCUUGGACAUAUCGUUUCUGCUAAAGGUAUCCAACCCGAUCCAGCCAAGAUUGCAGCCAUUUCGGAAAUGCCCGCACCAACCGACGUUCCCACCUUGCGCUCGUUCUUAGGUGCAGUCAACUUUUACGGCAAAUUCGUCCGCGAGAUGCACCAACUACGCCAUCCGUUAGACAACCUUCUGAAAAAGGACACGAAGUUCGAUUGGAGUAAGGAGUGUCAGCACGCUUUCCAAAACAUCAAAAAAGUGCUACAAUCUGGUCUGUUGCUCACCCACUACAAUCCAGAGCAAGAGAUUAUCGUGGCAGGAGAUGCGUCAAAAACUGGCAUUGGUGCAGUUAUUCUUCAUCGUUUUCCGAACGGCAUCAUCAAGGCUGUGUCACAUGCAUCGAGAUCGCUGACUGUAGCAGAGCAGAACUAUAGCCAAAUCGAAAAAGAAGCGUUGGCAUUGGUUUUUGCUUGCACGAAGUUCCAUCGUUUGCUGUGGGGUCGCCGGUUCACGCUUCAAACGGACCAUCAACCAUUGCUGAGAAUUUUCGGAUCCAAAAAGGGCAUUCCUGUACAUACCGCAAAUCGGCUCCAACGAUGGGCCCUGACACUUUUGGGAUACGAUUUCAACAUCGAAUACGUAUCAACUCAAGAUUUCGGUUACGCUGACGUACUUUCCCGGCUUAUCAGCAACCAUCCGAAACCCGACGAAGAAGCAGUCAUCGCUAUGGUUCGAGUCGAAGAUGACGUUAGUUCCUGUUUCCAUGACUCUAUUCAAGAUCUUCCAGUCACCCACAAGAGCCUGAAGAUCGCCACUAAGAAGGAUGCCGUGCUCCAGAAGGUAAUUUCUUACACACAAGGUUCCUGGCCAUCACGGUGCGAAGGUAUCGAAGAUGUAGAAGUUCGAUCUUUCUUCAGCCGUCGAGAUUCCUACUCCGUAAUUGACGACUGUAUCACGAUAGCGGAUCGAAUUGUAGUUCCCAAAAGCCUGCAGAAAAGGAUCCUCAAGCAAGUUCACCAAGGACAUCCUGGCAUCGAACGGGCAAAAGCUAUCGCUCGUGGAAUCGUUUUCUGGCCGACAAUAGAUGAAGACAUCACCAACUACGUUCGUAGAUGCCCAAGCUGUGCGAAUGCUGCAAAAUCUCCACCACAUGCUCAACCACAACCGUGGCCUCGAGCUGAAGGACCCUGGCAACGACUCCACAUCGAUUUCGCUGGACCUGUGGAUGGAGAAUACUAUUUAGUUGUGGUGGAUUCUUUCUCAAAGUGGCCGGAAAUACUGCAAACUCGUUACCCGACUACUUCCACAACGACCACAUUUCUUCGAGAAUGCUUCGCAAGAUUUGGAAUUCCUACAGUCAUUGUGUCGGACAAUGGAAGCCAGUUCACCAGUGCUGAAUUCCGUGAUUUCUGCGAAGAAUUUGGGAUCGUCCAUUUCCGUACAGCUCCGUAUCAUCCACAAUCAAACGGGCAAGCGGAGAGGUUUGUGGACACCUUGAAGAGAUCGCUGAAGAAAAUUGUCGACGGAGGAGAGAAGUCAACCCUUACUGCGCUUCAAACGUUACUGUACGUCUACAGAUCCACUCCAUCAGCGGUUCUGAGUGGACAAUCUCCAGCCGAGGUAAUGCUUGGACGCAAGAUGAGGACAACUUUGGACCUGUUACGACCGUCACCCAAACCAGAAUUUCACCCGCAACAUCAACCAGUCAAGCGAAGUUUCCUAGCUGGUGCUCGAGUUUAUGCCAAAGUCUACUCUGCAAACGAUAAGUGGAAGUGGAUGCCCGGUGUUGUGCUCGAAGCUAUUGGCAACGUCAACUACAACAUAUUAUUGGACUGCCAAGUUGGUCGACGCAAAGUGCUACGUUCGCACAUUGAUCAACUCCGAACGGGAAUGGAAGAAGUUGCUCCUGCACCAGCACCAUUAUCUAUCUUGAUUGACGACUUUGGACUUACUCCAGCUGAACCAACACCUCAGCUGGACAGAACCCAAUCUUCGAUCCAGAACGAUCAACCAACACCUAAUGAAGUCCUGAACUUUGAUCAACCAACAUCUGAUGAGGAGUACGUUGAGUCAGCCGAGGUUCUUGAUCUUCAAGAUACGUUGUCGAGUGAAGGAGAUGAAACUCUACUGUCAAUGGAUGUUCCCCAGCCGAUUCUGACAUCGACACCUUUGCAACGUCCCGUGCGAUCAACCCGGCCACCAAUCAAGUUUCAAGAUUAUCACUGCUACCAAAUUAGAGGGGGAGAUGCUACCUUGGCUACCAUGACUGUUGAUAGAUCACAGUAG